AUGGUGAGAACACCGUCUUGUGACAAAAGUGGAAUGAGGAAAGGUACUUGGACUCCAAAGGAAGAUAUGAAGUUAAUUGCUUAUGUUACUAGUGAUGUUGUUGGCAGCAACUCCAUUGGAUGCUUGAUUAUGGUAUCCUGGCCUUUUGGGAUAGCAAGGAUGCCUAGGAGGUUGUCCGUGCUUGCUGUAACAAAACGAGCUAAAACAUGUGGACUAGAUUGGUUUGGUUUUGGAAGCAGAAUUACUAUCACAACUACAGAUAUACAUCUGCUGCAUGUUCAUGGUGUUGAAAGAGCCUAUGAAGUAGAAGAACUAAAUCAUGAAGAAGCCCUUGAAUUGUUCAACUGGAGGGCCUUCAGAGGAAACAAGUUAAUCCUAGUUAUAUAG